UCGUGUUUUGUAUUUGAUUUUCUAACCUCUUAGAUCCCACGCGUUUAUAAUUAUCAUGAAUAUAUUAUUAUUUAUUAUAGGUUUGAACUGAAAAUUUACAGAAAGGAAAAUCGACAUCGCCAAGGGAAGUAAAAACUAAUCAAAUUAUAUUUGAAUACCAAAAGAAAGAAAUUGAGAAUGGCAUGCCUCAUCAAAAAUAUCUGCCUCGCAAGAUUUUAGAAAUAGCUGAGUACACAAAUAUAUUAUUAUGAAUUAAAAUAUUGCAAAGCUAACGUUAGCAAGCUGUUAAGUAGUAUAAGUAAUUGAAAGUUAUUUUCAUUAGAACAAAAUAUUUAAGGUGUGAUCGAUCAUUUACCAGAAUUAUCAGAUAAAAGAUACUGGAGAAGUAGUAGUGUGUGAAAAGUAUCUGUAUUAAUUGGCGUAUCGUACAGAGCUGGGAUCUAGCUUACAAAAUAGAAGGCUGUCAUUCUGCAUUUACACAUAUCGUUUCAUGACUAAGAAGAGAUCGUUUAUAUCACAGGUCACGGUAUUAAAGAUAAAUAAUGGCAAUGCAAUAAUGCAUCUCGAGUAUUGGUUGGUGAAAGGUGCAUAUUCAAAGCUGAAACCUCGAUAUUUUAUCUUUUGAGGACAGAUAAAAAACCAUGUUAACAGUCGUGUGUUUUAUUUACUAGAAGAACGUUUUUUUGCUAUACAUAGCAUAGUAUAUAGCUUUAUUAGACUUUUUCAAGUUGUAUUCAGCUGACGUAGUCCAACAUUUUUGGCCAAUUAUUUUUACAAGUGAAAGUUGUGUAAUAUUACGUGUUUUAGAUACUAACUUUUUAUUCAGUAAACAGGUUAUUAGUUACUGAGGGUCUCUCACUUAGCGUUCUUGCUGUGGAAGUUCCAUAUGUUUAACAGAACGUUUGGAUGAAUUAAUGGAAACAUGAAGACUGAUGAAAAUUAUAUGAGACAAGAAGAUACUAAGGAAUUAUUCGAUGUAAUAGGAUAUUUUGGGUCAUGGCAGAGGAGGAUUUUCUUUAUUGCUUUCAUCUCCCUUAUGGCACAUUGUUGGCACGUGUUGGCAAUGUUGUUUUUAGCACCAAACAUUGACCACUGGUGCCAGCGUCCUACAACGUAUUCCAAUAUAUCUACUGACCAAUGGAAAGACUUGGCAAUACCUCGUGUGCAAUCAAAGAAUGACAGUGGCAUCUAUAGUUCCUGCCUUGUGUAUAAAAACUUUACUUCACACAUGAAGGAAGAAAAUUCAACGACCGCUUGUGCUUCGUGGGAAUAUGAUAACUCUUUCUAUACUUCCACAAUCAUUGAUGAGUGGGACCUCGUCUGUGAAAACGAUUGGCUGCCCUCCAUGAGUACGUCUCUUUAUAUGGGGGGUUUUAUGACUUCUGUCUUUAUUUCUGGUCAACUUUCUGAUAGAUAUGGACGUCGACCUAUCAUCCUAUUUGGUGGUAUCAUCUUUCUUGCCUCAGGGUUUGCUUGUGCGUUUUCAACAUCCUUUCUGAUGUUUAACAUCCUCCGGUUUCUCGUGGCUUUUGGUGCUUCUGGGACAGUGCUAACUAUCAUUAUUUUACUCUUGGAAGUAAUUGGACCAGAGUAUCGUUCUAUUCUUGGAAUUUGUUACCAAUUUGGCUGGGCAUUAGGCUAUACUAUUCUACCUGGUGUUGCUUUUUUGGUGAAAAAGUGGAGACAUUUUCAGCUGAUCAUUAGUGUCCCCUGGAUACUUCUUUGUAGUAUUUGGUGGUUUCUUCCAGAAUCUCCUCGUUGGCUACUAUCACAUGGAAAGGUCAAACUGGCAGAAAAGGAAAUAAGAAAUGCUGCAAGAGUCAACGGUAAAAUAGUCUCGAACUGGCAGGUAAUCAUGGCCCAACUUAUGACUAAAGAAAAGCAGGAAGAAGAAAUGAAACGUAAUCGCCAAGCCACAUUUUUGGAUUUAUUCAAAACUCCUAAUAUGAGAAAGAAGAGCUUGAAUAACUUUCUUUUCUGGUUUGUGAAUGCGUUUACCUACUAUGGGUUGUCUCUACAUACGAACGACAUGGGUGGAAAUCCUUUGAUAAACUUUUUUAUCGCCGGAACGCUUGAGUUUCCAGCCAAUAUUAUUGGAUUCAUCCUCAUAAAACACGUUGGUCGUCGAAUUUCUCUGAUGGCGCUUAUGGUAGUUGGUGGUGUAGCUUGUUUACUCACAGUUCCAGUUUCGGACAGUAAGCCUUUUUUUUUGUCUUUAAUAUCAUUACUUCUAUUCCGAUUUUGGACCAUACGAUGUCUGCUUCAUAUUGUUUAACAAAAAGGAUUUAAACAUUAUAUAAUACAGUGUAGACUAUGCGAUAACGAAAUUUUCAGUUGAGCAAUAAUAUAUGAUGAGUACUG